CACUAUACACUUGUGCUGACUUCAGCAAACAUAGGCUCAGCUCCAUCCAGCUCCUGAUCCAAGCUCCUACGCUCAACUAUAGCCACAAGAAACCGAUGGGCUUCAAGUACAGGAAGGCUAAAGUACGGUCUCUUUCCACACUAAAACCUGGUGAUCACAUAAGAGUCUAUAGGACCCUCUACUUCCAUCACAUGUUAGUCAUUCGUGUCAUUGACAAGAAUACAUUGCAUGUCAUUCAUUACACUGGACAGGAGAAAUGUUGUGAAGAACAAGAUCAGUAUUCAUCCAUGCAAACAGCAGCUAUUGCUGGAACAACUUCUUCUCUACUUUUAGCACCUACUGAUGAAUCUGCUCCUAAAGCUAAAAUUAUGGAAGCGUAUGUUCCAUUUGAUCUCAGUGUACAGAUUCUUGAGCAGCUUGAGUAUGAACCUGGUGAUGCUAUCAAUACUGGUAAAAAAGCUAUAGCUCGUGCUUGAGAGAGAUUAGGCGAAAUGGAUUACAACCUGUUAUUCAAAAAUUAUGAAUCAUUUGUCAAUUGGGCCAUCACCACACGUGAAGAGACUAAUCAAGGGGAAAAGGGCAGAUUUGGCCUCAUUGCUGGAGGACUGACGUUGCUAGCUGCAGGUUUAGGUGUUGGUGCUGCUGCUUAUUAUGCUAGCAGCAGAUCUACCAGUCACAGUGAUGAAGAUGAAGAGAAAGCUAGGAAAAGGGGUAGAAAAUGGAACUAGCAUACCAGCAAGUGUGGACUUGUCAAUGAAACUAUGACACAUAAUUGUAUUACUAUUAUUGUAAUCAAUUAUGCACCGAUUCAGUAUAAUAUUAACCAUUAAAAUUAAAAACAAAAAAUGUCGGGCUUUAAUUAUACUUCAUUGGUAUGAA